AUGCAAGACGUCAUGACGCUUUGGGUCACUUGCUGGCUGUAUGUGCAGUGGCUGUUCGAGACGCACGGCUGGAAGCUGCUGGGCGCCGCGCUGCUCACCGUUUGGGGGCGUCAAUGCUACCGCGAAUAUGCCGCGCGCCGCCACCAGGAAAAGACUCUCGCAGCCGCCAAUGGUACGUCGCCGUUAACGUAUGGGUUCAAGGCCAACAGUGACCAGCACGAGCACGACUCGUCGUCUGGCUGUCUGUCGUAG